GGGUGUGGUGUUGGGAAGUGGGUUGGUGUUGGCAGAGGGUGUGGUGUUGGCAGAGGGUGUGUGUUGGACAGGUGGUGUGGUGUUGGCAGAGGGUGUGGUGUUGGCACGGGUGGGAAAUCUGGGGAAAUUUUCGUUAGUUUUGAGGGUAUGUGUGUGUGUGUGUGUGUGUGUUGGCACUGGUGGGAAAUUAGACGGAAAUAGGAAUAGAUUAAUGGAAUAGAAAUAAUGAAGAAAACGCUAUUGCAAUGGAAUGAGGAUAGCAAUAAGAAUGAAUGAAAAGAAUAGAAGAAAAUGAAGAAUGAAUAAUGUUAUUGAUGUUAUAUUAUAUUUUUCACUUGUUGGCACCUGUUGAUUAGAAACUAUAUUACGUUAUAUUAAAUGUAAUUACCACCUGUUGAUAAUAAUUAAGGAUUUGGUAGUAUUGCAUCAUCGUGACACUAAUUACAUGUUGGUGCAUCAUUAGGACUAAUUACAUGUUGCCCUUAAUUAAUAACUCUUUUGAAUGAGUUUGUUGUCAGUAGUUCCUGUUGGCACUCAUUAGAAAUGUUGGCACUGCUCUUUGAUAACUUCUCGCAGAUUAUAGUGACACUGACAAUGAGGUUUUAUGCAGUUUAUAGUGACACUGUCAAUGAGGUUUUUUGCAGUUUAUAGUGACACUGACAAUGAGGUUUUUAUGCAGUUUAUAGUGACACUGACAAUGAGGUUUUAUGGUUUAUAGUGACACUGUCAAUGAGGUUUUAUGGUUUAUAGUGACACUGACAAUGAGGUUUUAUGGUUUAUAGUGACACUGACAAUGAGGUUUUAUGCAGUUUAUAGUGACACUGACAAUGAGGUUUUAUGGUUUAUAGUGACACUGACAAUGAGGUUUUUUGCAGUUUAUAGUGACACUGACAAUGAGGUUUUAUGGUUUAUAGUGACACUGACAAUGAGGUUUUUUGCAGUUUAUAGUGACACUGACAAUGAGGUUUUAUGGUUUAUAGUGACACUGACAAUGAGUUUUUUUGCAGUUUAUAGUGACACUGACAAUGAGGUUUUAUGGUUUAUAGUGACACUGACAAUGAGGUUUUAUGCAGUUUAUAGUGACACUGACAAUGAGGUUUUAUGGUUUAUAGUGACACUGACAAUGAGUUUAUGCAGUUUAUAGUGACACUGACAAU